GGUGCGAAGCGUGAGAGAGAGAGAAACGUACGCGAGGGAGAGGAGAGGGGAGGAGGGGAGAGCUGCUCCGAUCUCGCCAUUUCGCUCCCGCCCCGAUGCGAUCUCGCCAAACCCUAAUCGCCACCAGCCGGGCGCCGCAGCCGGAGUGGUAGGCGGGGGGCGGGGGCCGGAUGCGGCCGUGAGGUCCGGGGCGACAGCCGCCAUGGGGGCCGCCGACAAGUGGCUCCUGCCGCUCGUGUCCGUGUCGUUCGUCUCGCUGCUGCUCUUCCUAUCCGCGCUGUCCGGCUUCUCCGCCUCCUCGGCGCUCUUCGCGCGCCUCCCGCCGCCGUCCUACGUCCGCCGCGGGGCCGCCGCGCCACCGUCCUUCGCGUACCUGCUCUCCGGGGGCCGAGGGGACGGGAGGAAGCUGCUGCGGCUCAUGCUCGCGGUCUACCACCCGAGGAACCGCUACCUGCUCCACCUCUCCGCGGAUGCGCCGGACUCCGAGCGGGCCGAGCUGGCCGCCGCCGUCGCGCGCUCCGCCCCCGCCGUCCGCGCCUUCGGGAACGUCGAUGUCGUCGGCCGCCCCACCGCUGGCACGCCGAUGGGAUCCUCCGGCCUGGCUGCCACGCUCCGUGCCGCUGCCGCGCUGCUGCGCCUGGAUUCCGAGUGGGACUGGUUCGUCACGCUCAACGCCGCCGACUAUCCCCUUGUCACCCAGGACGACUUGAUUCAUGUCUUCUCCUCUGUGCCAAGGCAUCUCAACUUCAUCGAUCACAGUAGUGACAUUGGAUGGAAAGAAUCUCAGAGAGUGCAACCAAUCAUAGUAGAUGCUGGAAUAUACUUGGCAGGAAGAAACCAGUUCUUCCAAGCAACAGAAAAACGUGAUACUCCGGAUGGUUUCAAAUUCUUCACAGGUUCACCAUGGGUCAUUCUGAAUCGGCGCUUUAUCGAAUAUUGCAUUUUUGGUUGGGAGAAUCUCCCUCGAACUCUUCUCAUGUACUUCACAAACGUAAUGCUUCCUCAGGAAGGGUAUUUCCACUCAGUUGUAUGCAACUCAGGCUUCCGUAACUCCACUGUUAACAACGAUAUGCACUAUAUGGUGUGGGAUGAUCCACCUCAGAUGGAACCCCAUUUUCUGAACAUCACACAUUAUGAUGAGAUAGCGGAGAGUGGAGUGCCUUUUGCUAGAAAGUUUCGGGAGAAUGAGCCACUGCUUGACAAGAUUGAUGAUAGAAUACUCCGGCGUUGGCGUCACAGACCUGUACCUGGUGCCUGGUGCACAGGCAGAAAAAAGUGGUUCAACGAUCCAUGCUCCCAGUGGAGCAAUGUCAACAUUGUAAGACCUGGCCCCCAAGCUGAGAAGUUCCGCAAACAUAUGAAUCAGAUCUUAGAGGAAUCAUUGUCAGGCAACAACUCAUGCACACAAUAGCAGAAUUGAAGCGUGAGACUUCACUUCCCACAGUUGAAGCGAUGAGCUUUUCUCAUUUUGCACAGAGGGGCUCUCCAUGUCUCUAGAACUUCGGCACUUGCUUCCACAGCGAACAUUUUUGCACCUGGGUUACAAGCACACGUCCAAAGGUGAGAUGGGUUUAUUCUUUCCAGAUUUUUUGGUAACUGUCAUGGCUUCAAGGGCCUCAGUGCAUAGUGCGUACUAGCUUGGUUGGAAGCCAGAGAGCUUAUGGUUGGAGCACCGAAGCUAAUAGGCAGUGUAAUUAUUAGUGAUCAGUUGAAUGACUUGUGUGACUGUUUAUAGAACUGAUGGAAUUAUGGGUGCUCCCAUACAGAAUUGAGAAAAAUGAAGAGUGGCAAAUGUUGGUUGGAUUAUU